AUGGGUUCCAAGGGAAGUGCUCUACUCCUGGCUCUCAAUCUGCUAUCAUUCGCAAUGGUGAUUUCGGCAACGGCACCGGCAAAUCCACCGGCACCGGCAAAGCCACCGGCACCGGCAGCACCACCUUCUGAAAUCGGAACAUGUCCGAUAAAUGUUCUUCAGUUGAGUGUGUGUGCCAAUGUGCUGGGUGGUUUGCUUGAUGUUAUAGUGGGGCCACCCCCAUCGGGUCAGUGCUGCACCCUCAUUCAGGGGCUGCUUGAACUUGAGGCUACUGUUAGCUGCCUUUGCAUUGCCAUAAAAGCUGACGUCCUUGGCAUCCUCACUGUUGACGUCAGUGUUGCAGUGAAUUUACUUAUGGACAAGUGCAACAUCCCCCACGCUACUGAGCUCCGCUGCCCUUGA